GUGUCAACGGCGACGUCACCCACCUCGCAGGAUCUAACCGGGAGGGAGGGGGCAAAGAACAAGAAAGACUCUGUGCUCGAGUCCAUUCUUGUGAUGGCGUCCCCGCACGGCCCCGGCCUCCGCCAAGAAAGGCAGUCCGCCUGGCCGGAUCUCCCGCCGGAGCUGCUGGAGCGAAUCGUCGCCGUCCUCGGUCCACGCGACCGCGUCGCCGUCCGCCUCGUCUGUGCCUCUUGGCGCGCGUACGUGCGGGAAUCCUUCCCGUCCGACCUCCCAUUCGAGGUCCCGCGACUCCUCAUCCGCCGACCGGGCCUCGGCGGUGUGCUCGCCUUCUUCAGCCUCCACCACCGCAAGAUCCUGUCUUUCGAGUUCCCCGCGCGCCUCAGGGCCGGGCGCUGCUGUGGUCACAUCGCCGGCUGGUUCGCUAUGGCCUUGGACUCAGACCGCGCGAUUGUCCUCUGCAACCCCGUCUCCGGCCAAUCCAUGGCCUUUCCCCCGCCUCCGGUGUUCCCGAUCUCAAAGAUCGUCCUUUCAGCUCCGCCCACCUCCCCCGGCUGGGUCGCCGCCGUGCUGGGCCGAACAGGCACGAUUGUGCUGCUCCAGCUAGCUGUGUCCGGCGCUUGGAUGACCAUCGGUAUCGACGAGGGAGCCGAGCACGGGGGCUUCAGAGACAUGGUCUUCUGGCGCGGCCGCCUGUGUGCGUUGGGCCACGAUGGGGCGGUCUUGGCGUUCCGCGCCGACCUGCGCGUGCGCGCGGCUGCAGUGUCGCUGCUACGGGACGCGGAGCAUCCGUUGGGCCUGUUGACGCGCGGGCGGUGGCAGCUGUACCUGGUGGAGGGCGACGGGGAGCUCCUGGUGGUGAGGAAGCUGUACAAGGUGUCGCGCCACGGCGACGAGGUGGAUUGGGAGGUGGAAGUGAGGCAGCUGGCGUCGCCGGAGCGGCGCAGGUGGGAUCUGCUGGUGGAGACUCCCGGGCAGGCGCUGUUCGUGGGGUCGGUGGUGUCGACAGUGGUGCCGGUGGCGCUGUACGCGGCGGCGGCGUCGGGGCUGCGCGAGAGCUGCGUCUACUUCGCGCGGCGGGACGUGGAGAUGCUGGCGCCGCACGCCAUCUGCGAGUACUCGCUGCUGGAGGAGGAGAUGAGGGGCGUUCCCGUCGCCGGAGGACACGCCGUCGACGUCGAGCCCGUCUGGAUCUCCCCGUUCAUCUGAUCGAUUGGCCCAUGGUUCAAAAUGCAAGAACAUGCUUGGAUGUUCGAUCCCAUCCCAUCUUUUGUCGGUCAAGGGAUGCAGGAACAAAGACUGUCUGGAGCCGUAGCCAGCAAUCGUGAAAGCUUUCGGCUGAAAUGUUUGCUCUUUGCUCUGUUUCCCCAAAUAAUGUUGUCCGGAUUGGGAUAUCGGCAUUGGAAUCGUAUUGUGUAGUAAGAUUUGUGAUUGUAAUCUCGCGUUAAACUCUGGUCGUAUGUGCAAUGGCAAUCUGC